AUGGUACUGGAAGUUAAGGCCUCGGCGAGAGAACAAACGUCCCGUCUUGAAGAUGAAUUGGCCAACGUCCACAAUGAAUUGUCUGUCUUACAACACAAGUACCAGGACGUUGUUGGCCAGCUCGAGACUUCACGUACUAAAUCAGUGAGGUCAGGCACCACAGCAGCAAAAUAUGCCUUUUCCGUUCGUCUAAGUAACCGUAUGACAGAUUAUAUACGGAACGAGAAAAUCGUCAUGGACUAUGUGCUUACCAACGACGGAAAAGGCUACAAUCCCAGAUCAGGUGUCUUCACGUGCCAACAGGCAGGUACUUACGUCUUCUACGUCACCAUACAAGCAGAAGAUGGGCAUAGCUUCGCGGCAGAAAUCGUCAAAAAUGCAGCAGAGAUAGCCUGGGUUUUAGCAGAACCAUCCAAUGCUCGUGCAUCGGCUUCCACUUCAGUUAUUGUAAACUUGGAAUUCGGAGACACUGUGUACGUCAGGUCCGACGGGUACUUUGACCAAGAAAGUGCUUCAAUAGACGAUCAAUUUUCUAGUUUUUCCGGUUUUCUUAUUGAAAUCCCUGGAUGGGUCAACUUUAAUGGUGGAAGUAGUAGUGGAUAA